CCAUUUUGUACUGAAGCAAGGUAGCCAUUUUUCCGUGUUCUAUUCCGCGUCGGAGAGAGUGUGGUUCUCAUUACAGUGCGUCGAUUGUUUCCGAUCGUAGAAAUCCUGCAAAGACUCAACAAAGUGUAUCGUACAGAUCAAGCUAAUUCGCUUUAGUGGAAAGUAAAAAGUACUUUCACAAUGAGUGGAUACGCACGGCCGCCCCCGAGAAUAGACGGAAUGAUUUCGCUAAAAGUCGACAACUUAACAUACCGCACAACACCGGAUGAUUUGAGACGCGUAUUCGAGCGUUGCGGUGAAGUGGGAGAUAUUUACAUUCCUCGCGACAGACAUACGCGUGAAAGCCGCGGCUUCGCUUUCGUCAGAUUCUAUGACAAGCGUGAUGCCGAGGACGCACUAGACGCUAUGGACGGGCGUAUGUUGGAUGGCAGGGAGCUCCGCGUUCAGAUGGCUCGCUACGGUCGGCCUACUUCACCACAGCGCCGUGGAAACCGAUACAACGGGCGCGAAAGAGGACGCUCCCGGGAACGGUACCGUCGUCGUUCUCGGUCUCGUAGCCCCGAACACCGACGUCGUUCGUACUCUCGCUCCAAAUCACGCACGCCACGCUCUCGUUCCGGCAGCAAAUCGUCCCGAGGCAAGGAUUCCCGCUCUCGCAGCCCUGCAGAACGCGGACAUUACUAGUGCGGCAGCGUGUAAAUUCUUUUAAAGAUAAUCCAACUACAAACGAUGGGAGAUGAGAGUUUGUUUUUCUAUCUGACGACACACGCGCGCCCCGCACACAAGAAGGGCAACUUGCGGUUUUUGCAGCUGCAGCAGCUGCCCCCUCUGCAGAUUUGCCCAUCCGGCCACUACUUUCCUUCCUGCAUCUUCUUCUAAAAAGCUGUCCAGUUUUGCAUCAACUGCGAUGAGAGAGCGAUACAGUUAGGAGAAGAAGCAAAGCGGAGGAUGGCGGCUAACAGAGCGCGCGGGGGGCAUCUGCGAUCAUCGUCCAGCGCUGAUUCCCGUGUCCUCGUGUGUUCACCCGGACGGAGUCGCGAAUGGCUUGUUGCUUGAUCGAAUGGGAGACAUGCUUCCGUGUUCUUUCUCUCUCUCUCGGGUAUUGCGGCGUAUGUUGAUCCUUCUGCUGCAACCUCUACGAACGAACAGCCUGUUUGGUGUUGAUGGCGAUCAUGAGGUUGAAGAUCUGAUGGUGACGAUGGCGUUGACAGGGGUUAUUCCGGCCAACUUUGCAGGCAUGUUGGAGCGGUGAAGGUGAAGAUGAUGCCGAUGCUGUUGUGGAUGCAUGGUGUGGUGUGGUGGUGGCGGUGCUACUCGCUGGGAAACGUUAGGAAAAACAGAACGGGAAGGCGCAUGGCAGGAGUAGUACUGAGAGAGGGAGCCCAUUCAUUCAUCCGCUGCAACAGAGCAAGGCAGGCGGUUUCCGGUUUGUUGUCCAGUCCGGUGCUGCCGAGCAGCAACGCUCUCGAUCGCCGCUUUGUCGACUGCCGAAAGAAGCGUGUAUGUGUAGCAAAGCGAAUCAUAUUCUCCUGGCCGCCGUUCUCCGGUUUCGGCGAUACACGACGUUCUGGCGAAUGCAUUCUAGCGGAGGAGAGAGGUGUUCAGCCGCUGCAGCUUGUUUCAUGCGGUACAUAAGGCUAGCGUGCUGUCCUGGAACUGCGAGAAGACUGUGAGCCGUCCCAAAAAUACCCUGUUUCGUCUGUGGCGCCGUGAACGCUUCGUGUUCUGCGUGUUUUUCUUCUCUUCUUCUUUUCUUCCAGCUGAAGUAGUGUGUUAUAUCCUCCUUUUCCCAAUUUCCAAUAGUUCCUCACUACUGCUGCUGCUGCUGCUACUACUAAUUACUGCUGUUACUAAAUGUAUGCAUUAAAAAAUAGACUGAUUUUAAUGACUUUUCAUGCGAUGGCUGAAGCUUCCUAGGUGCUUCGGUUUUUAUUGCGUCCUCUCAUCGAAAGAGAUGGAUGAAAAACUGUGUUUGAGGACCCUUUCUAAUGCAAUAUUAAUUUAACCAAGAUUUGUCAUUGUGAUAAAUCAUUGUGUUUCGUAGCACCAUGAACUAAAACUGAUGCGGGGCACCGGGCUUCAUACCACAGGCCCGAGGUUCAAAUCCCAUCCAGAACGUUCUCACUUCAUGAGGACUUGACUAUCCAACUACGUGGUAUCAUUAAGUCUAGUAAGCCAGAUAUGGCAGGCAUGACCUAAUAGGUCGUCGUUAGGCCAAAGAUGAAGAAGGUAUUGAGCGUAGCAUACACCAAAGAUACUCUCAACUGACCUUAUGGCCUAGAACUUAUUCUAUGGUCAAACCUAUAUCAAAGGACCUUAUCCAAUCAUUCUGCACCAUCUUACCGCUUAAGUUUAAAAUUGGCUAUAAAAAUGUGAUCAUUUGUUUAAUGCAGCUUUGUUCAAAAAAUAUUCCAUUGAGUUGUCUGUAUAGUUAACUUCUCAUCGUCAUCCAAAGUUAGUCUAUUUUUUAAUGCAAACGUUACGUCUUUAGAUGCUCUAUUUUGUGUUCCUUUCUAUCCGUUUAUCCGUGUGUAUGUUUCGGUGCAGCACCUGCGCACAUUUACUCUACUCGCGCAACAUCACGUCAAAAAAAUGUAUCGGUUCCCAUCCUCUAGGAGGAGAAACCUCAAUGCACACACAACAUCCCAACACACACAAAAAAUACUUGCUCUCUCUCUCUCUCUCCCACACACCACUUCCGAGCUCUAGCGAAUUAACAACCGUGUCAUUUACAUGUCUGUCCGAUCGCGCGUUAUGGAGAUAAUCUGCACUUGAUAGAGGGGAACAUUCCAUUAGGGGAUUUUAUCAUGAUUGAUAAGCCCGAGAGGAACGGCAGCCGCGUCGGAAUAUGCAAGGACGGCAACAUUAACGUAGCGCAAGCCAGCAGUGGUGUGUGUGUGCUGUUCUGCUGUUUGCUGAUUUCUUGUUUGACCAUAAAAAGGCGCAGCGAACACGGGGACAGAAGAAGAGUGGCGCAUCGAGCGACAUCUUUGGCAGUUUGGAGAGCUCACACUUCUGCUGGUUGCGCGAGCUGAAGGCAGAUGAGAGCAGGACAGCAGCGCGCGUCUUAUGGGGGAAUUAGAGUAAUAUGUGGCGGGAACUGCAAGCGUACAAGAAAAAGCGGAAGCGGAGUUGUAGCCGUGACCAGCCAGCAGCAGCCGCAGCCCGAGCAUGUUUUCCUAUAGCUUUUCGAGCGGUGCUGUGUGAUGUAGAGCUUGAUCGAUGCUACCCGUAAGAUGCAAUGAGGGAGAUCAUGCACGUACCAUCGCGACGAAUCUACAGAGAUGUUCGGAGCAAACGCGACGUUGCAAUUGUGUGAUUCGGGAUGAUGUUGAUGCUGCUUUCUUCGGUUCGUGCCAUCUAGCGACGCCGUUAAUGCACUGUCCGAUGGCAGCUACAGAUCGCCUGAGACAAGGGCAGUGAGAGAAUAUGGGCGAUUGCAGACGCGAGCGGGUGAUGGUGAUUUGAAAUCUACUUUUCAACGAGCCGUGGAAAAGCAGCCAGGAAUGCGCGGUUCGUUCUAGAGCAAAAGCUUAGCGUAUCGAAUUUCUCUUCCUCAUUCCGGAGUAUAUGUCGUUGUCCCUUGACUACUGUGUAUGUGUGUGUGUUUCCCGCUGCAGCGCGAGCAGGAAGAAGCAAAUCUUGCCCGAUGAUCGACGAGCAACAACCGUUUUUAAGUAAUAGAACCAUUCCAAAUAGUAUGCAGUUUUAUGCCUUUUUCCAGAUUUCGCUAUUGAAAACAACAUACACAAAUAUCGCAACUGCGCGCCCGGCAACAAUCAACGCCCAACACCAGCAGCAACUACAACAAACACGGCGUACACGAAUGUUAAUCGGAAGGCGUGCUAUCCAGCCGUACUCUACCGACCUGCGGAUGAACCGAAUACUGUUUGAGGGACACGCCGGAAGAAGUAAGCAUGCGAUUCCAUCGAUACCACAAGCGCAGUAAGUUUAUAAGAGGGCUAGCGAGUACCCUAAUGUAACGAUCUAAUACGGUGCCGAAUUUUAAAUGGUUUUGAUACAACAACAAAAACCCUGUUGUUUUUGCGUAGAUAAGAGCAAGAAACGCACAUGCAUCGCAGACGCGAAGCGAGAAGUUUGGAAAAAGAUUACGAUCACUAUAUAUAUGUAGUUUUCGCCCCACAACAACACAUUAUUUGCUGAUGAACUCAUUAGUUUGAGGGAAAUUAGGACUACAAAACAAACAAUGUAAUCCACCAAUACAAAUAGCAGGAGGAAGGAAGCAGUAGUGUACUUCUAUUAAUAUAGGUAAUUCCACGGCAUUUUCUGCAUGUCAGUUCCCUUUCUUGGGCGGCCCACCAGAUGAACCCCUGCAUUACAAACACAGUAGGCGACAAGAACAUUAUCAGAAAUCAGAAAACCCUGUACCAGCAAGCAAGCGUUGGACUCGUGUUACACGUUACGGUGGAGACUGGUAAGUUGGUCUGAUCGAGCCCCCUGGUGUUUUGCCGCCCGGGAAACGGAACUGCGAUUACAAAUACUUUGCUUUAUACAUUUCUAUCAACAAUGAGUUUGCAGACAGCAAAGAAUAGGAGCAUACUAACAUGGAAUUAACUUCUUCAUUAUCCCCACCCUUUGACCCAUUGUUGCGCUGUACAUUUUCCACAAUACGUAGUGUGUUGUGUUGCCUUUUCCCACCAACACACACCUGUUCAAAAACUUAUAUGCAUUGUAAUUUGAAACCGACAACGGCGUGCUAAAAAAAGGGAUUUAAGAAGGUAACGGCCAGAUUUGGGAUUAUGCUCUAACAUUAUUAGGGUUAGAUUUAAUUUUUUGUACGAGCAGUGAAGAUGCUCGCCUAUGAUUUAGAGACGACGACGGUUUAAGAGUUUCAACAAUAAAAACGCCCUUCAUUUUCUCUA